AUAAAAAAUAAUGCUGUGUCAAUAGAUAUUUGAAUAUCUAUGAAAAUCUUUUAUCAUAUAAUCUGAUUGUAAAUGUGUUAAAAAUAAUUGCAAUACAAUUUACAAAUGUUGACGGGGCGCGCCUCAAGGGCAGCGACUUGCAAUGUGAAAAUUCAACUGUAAGAAGAAGAAGAAGCUGAAAAACUAAAAAUAAUUGGCAACAAAAUGCGAAACAGAAAUUCGGCCAACAGCCGCAGGCAUGUCAAAGGCCGUAAUACAGAUCUAAACGACAGACACGCAGCACAACAACAACAACAACAACAAGAACAAAAAUUACCACAACAGCAACAUCAAUAUAUAUAAGAUAUAUUCUAUCUAACAUUGAACAAUCAUAGAACAAAUCGCAUUCGUCUAUUCGAAUUUCGAAAUUCGCAACGUAAUCAAAUUCGGUUUACUUCAUGUUCAACAACAGUCGCACUCACCAGGAUGAGUACAUUCGCGAAUACGCCUUCGAGCCGGAGCUGCUGAUCAAUCGCGAGGAGUAUCUGCGCGAGGAGCAACGCGCCCACAAAGUACCCGCCACUCCCGUUCGUCUGCGCUGGGAUGAGGCCAUUGCCAAGCAGAAGCAACAACAGCAACGGAAAUCCGCUGAAACAGCCAGCGAUGACAAGAAUCAAAUUGAGUUCGAAAUUGAGGCGUUCUACUAUAUGUAUGGUCGUUACACAAAGGAUCUAGGAGAAUUUGCUAAAGAUGAAGCCAGAAAACUCAAACUACUCGAAAAGCGACGAAAGCAAGAAGAUAAACAAAGAAAUAAGGAACUCUUGGGUAAACGAGCGACGCGCAUAAAACGCAUCUCAUCAUGGAUAUGGAAGCAUACACUGGCCCGAUUGGGCGAGGAUUGGGUAUUCCUGGCCCUGCUCGGCAUCAUAAUGGCCCUGCUCUCCUUUAUCAUGGACAAGGGCAUAUCGAUAUGUACAAAUGCUCGUAUUUGGCUCUAUCGCGAUCUUACUUCACAGCCCUUUAUACAGUAUAUUGCUUGGGUAUCAUUGCCGGUCUGUCUAAUAUUAUUCUCAGCCGGCUUUGUGCAUCUCAUCGCACCGCAAAGUAUAGGUUCCGGUAUACCUGAAAUGAAGACCAUACUGCGCGGCGUUGCGUUGAAAGAGUAUCUCACAUUUAAGACAUUAGUGGCCAAGGUAAUUGGUUUAAUGGCAACUCUGGGCAGCGGUAUGCCAUUAGGAAAGGAAGGUCCUUUCGUACAUAUAGCAAGUAUUGUAGCACAAUUAUUAAGUAAACUCGUCACAUCAUUCCAAGGCAUAUAUGAGAACGAGUCCCGCAACUCCGAAAUGCUGGCGGCUGCUUGUGCCGUCGGCGUGGGCGCCUGCUUUGCCGCGCCCGUUGGCGGCGUUCUAUUUAGCAUUGAGGUAACCACAACGUAUUUCGCGGUGCGAAACUAUUGGCGCGGUUUCUUUGCGGCCGUUUGUGGUGCAACGGUUUUUCGACUGCUGGCCGUGUGGUUCCAAAACGCGGAUACUGUGCGUGCGCUGUUCCUAACCAAUUUUACCACCGAAUUCCCUUUCGAUCCGCAAGAGCUGUUUGUUUUUGCAUUGAUUGGCUUUGUAUGCGGCCUAGGUGGCGCCACCUAUGUGUGGGUGCAUCGUCGAUAUGUGCUUUUUAUGCGUUCCAACAAACGCAUGAAUAAAUUUCUGCAGAAAAACCGCUUCCUGUAUCCCGGCUUUCUGGCGCUGUUGGUCUCCAGCAUUUCAUUUCCCUUGGGCACAGGUCAGUUUUUAGCCGGAGAGCUCAGCACACACGAGCAGGUGACGCAGCUGUUUAGCAACUUCACCUGGUCGCGUGAUGAUCUGACUGUGGAACAGGCUGCCGUUGUCACACACUGGAUGACCAGCUACACAAGCGUCUUUGCGAAUCUGGUGAUCUUUACCAUCUUCACGUUCUUCUUUUCCAUCAUAGCGUCCACGAUCCCGGUGCCGUCGGGCAUGUUUAUACCGGUAUUUAAAAUCGGCGCCGCAUUUGGUCGCUUGGUGGGCGAACUGAUGGCCUCCUGGUUUCCACAUGGCGUGCGCUACGGCGGUCGAUUGUCACCCAUUAUGCCAGGUGGCUAUGCCGUUGUCGGUGCAGCUGCCUUUUCCGGCUCUGUGACGCAUACGGUAUCCGUGGCAGUGAUUAUCUUUGAGAUGACCGGACAGAUAACCCACGUAGUGCCCGUGAUGAUAGCCGUGCUGGUGGCCAAUGCGGUGGCAGCGCUGCUGCAGCCCUCGAUCUACGACAGUAUUAUACUGAUUAAGAAGCUGCCGUAUCUGCCUGAUCUGCUGCCUUCCAGUUCCGGCAUGUACAGCAUCUUUGUGGAGGACUUCAUGGUGCGAGACGUGAAGUACAUUUGGCAUGGCAUCUCCUAUCAAAAGCUCAAGGAGGUGCUCAAGAUCAACAAGACGCUGCGCUCGCUUCCACUUGUGGACAGUCCAGAGAAUAUGAUAUUGCUCGGAUCUGUGCAGCGGUACGAGCUAAUCAAGAUCAUUGAGAAACACAUUGGGCGGGAGAAACGCAUGGAGGUGGCACAAAAGUGGCAAAAGGAGGCCGAAGAGCGCGCCAUCGAAGAGGAGAAAAAGAAACAGGAAGCAGAGCUAAAACAGCGUCGGCCCUCACGCUUCGAGGUGCUGCCCGCACCGGACAUACUCAGCUUGCGACAGAUAGCUAACGAUGAGAUGCUGCCCCCCAAGAAACGGGCCGAAACAAUGCACAGCUCCCUAACGCCACGAAAGUCCAUAUUAAAGAAGACCAAUUCCUUCAACUUAAAGACAUAUGCACCCGCCUCACCGCACAGCCCCAGCAUUACGCCUUACACCACGAUCACGGGCAACUCGGAGUUUCGUAUACGAUCCGCAUUUGAGGCAAUCUUCAAGAAAUCCACCACGCUGCAGGAUGUGCAACCGGAUCCGGAAAUGGGCUCAAUCUCGCCGGCGGCCAGCAACAUUGAGGUGCAAGUACAAAGUGCACCUAGUGUGCCCAGCACACCUGGCAUAUCCAAGAAGGUUCAGCUGCAAGCACAAAACAAUUGGAACUUUGUUACCGACCAGAUCAUGCUGCAAGUAAACCCUAUAACAAUUCAAUCGGAGUCAACCCAGAAAAUGGAUGACACAGAUGAUACCAUAACAGAUAAGACAGAUUCGUAUAAGCCAAUUAAUUUGCCGCUCAACGAUGUGAAUACAGAUAAGACCUGUAUUAAACACAAAACAAAUAAAGUUUCAGAUAUUACUAGACAGACCCACGAACCGGCUGCUGUGUCCCAUCUAAACGAGAAUCAUAUAGAUAAGCAAAGAAACCUUAAGAAAAAAAUUCAAUUCAACUGCGAUGUGAGAGUUAAAGAUUCGGCAAAUCAUGGCUAUAUGUUGGAUAAGUUAUCCGAUAAUGAAAAAUCAAAUGAAAUGAGCUAUGCGAUAGAAGACGAUGAUGAUGCUUAUAACGAAGCGACGGAAACUGGGACUACGAUCACAAAAAAGACGAAAUCAGUGCAAUUGCCGAGGGAACGUGUCAUAGACAUGUCGCCAGAGGAUCAGAAGCAAUGGGAACUGGAGGAAAUGCUGAAGCCCAUCGAUUUGGAAAAGACACAGAUACAUAUAGAUCCCUCGCCGUUUCAGCUGGUCGAACGCACCUCCAUACUCAAGGUGCAUUCGCUGUUCUCUAUGGUGGGCAUUAAUCAUGCUUAUGUAACAAAAAUCGGACGUCUUGUGGGCGUGGUCGGCCUCAAGGAGCUACGCAAAGCCAUCGAGGACAUCAACAGCAACAGCUUUGUGGCACAUCCUCGCGACGAGGACCUUAAUCGCGACUCGAAACCUGCUGCGGAGAAGCCUCUGUUGGCAGUGAGUCCAAAUGCCAGUGACAAAGCCGUUGAUAUGACCAUUACCUCAAUGGAUUCGGCACUCUCUAACUCUGACAACUGUUCUGAUAUUGAAAUGGAGCAUCUGAAGUCUCUCGACACGUCAGAAGUAGCGCUGACCUUGCCACCAACAGAUGCAAAUGCCAAAGCAACUGCAACAACACAAGACACAAACAAAUCUGUUUAAACUACGCUCCCAUCUUUAAAAGUAUAUAUGUUUACUGUUAGCUACGGCAACAAUGUUUGUUAAAUGGCGCUGUUAAAUUUCUUUAAAGAUACAAAUUCAAACCUAAACUAAGUGAUAGCAUAAUUAAUUAAUUAGUUUAUCAAGUUGUUAUGUAUUUAUAUCUCUCGCUAGUGCAUAAAG